AUGAAGUUUUUAUUAUUGAUACUAUUUCUGCUCGGUUCCUCCGGCUUCGGAACCGUUGUUGAUGAAGAGGGAAAGGAAAGCACAGAAAUAUCCCGUGCUUUGGAUGACCGGCCGCUUCUGUUUGCCACGUUAGGAGGCGGUAUGGUUGCUGUUGAUCCUGUGUCUGGAGACAUUAUUUGGAAAUUAAAAGACGAGCCCGUUGUCAAAGUUCCGAGCCAAGACGCGAACUUGAUGCCGCAGUUCCUCCCGGAUCCGAGGCACGGAUUCCUAUACACGUACGGCCCGAGGGGCGACCAGCAAAUGUUGAAGAAGCUCCCGUUUACAAUACCGGAGCUGGUGGCAAACGCGCCUUGCCGAUCUACAGACGGUAUUUUGUACACCGGAAAGAAAAGCGAUACUUGGUUCAUGAUUGAUCCAUUAACCGGCUUUCGUGAGCACGUUUCAGGUUUUGACAAAUCGAAAAUAUUCAAAAGCGACGACGAGAACACUUGCAACUCCGAGAAGAAGAAAGGUAUUUACGUGGCGCGUACUGAAUACAACAUCCUGAUGCACGAUUCAAAGAAUGUAAACCAUAAAUGGAAUGUUACUUUCUUUGAUUACACGUCGCUAGCUAUGGGCAAGGACAUGUUGAAUGAUUACGGUACAAUACAUUUCACAUCGACGUCGAACGGUCGCGUCAUGUCUUUCGACCGCAAGACCGGCGACCUCGUCUGGUCCCACAACUUCGGAACUCCGGUCGUAGCUGCCUACCUCCUGGACAGAGACGGCCUUAUCUCCGUCCCUUUCAACUCGAUCGGUGACGACACGCUCGAUCACAUCAUGGAGGACGCCAAAACCCUUUCGAACGGGAAAGGACUCAAAAAUUCGAAUAUCGAAUUGUACCCGACUUUAUACGUCGGUGAGCAUAACCACGGUCUAUACGCGCUAUCGUCGUUAGUCGAUAAAAACACGAUAACUAUAUCGACGGGUCAUCAGCCCUUGCUCAUCGAAGGCCCCUCGACGGAGACACUAAAGACGAACGCGCCGCGCUACGAGCCGAUCAAGAACAUCCACUACAAACUGAGCGACCUUAACUUGCACGUGUCGGCGCCGUAUCUCCUUCUCGGCCACUACAAAGUUCCGGAACUGACGACCUCCUGGAUACCCCAUCUGCCUAACUCGAACGUUUUGAACCUGAGAGAUCCACAAAUCGAUUCGAUAAAACUAAUCAACGGAGCAGUACAAGCUCAGACGGAGAAUGACGUUGAGAACGAAACGAAUUUGAAGUCCAAUUCGGUUUCCGUUUCGGUUCAGACUGAGGAUUUGUUCGAGGGUUUGUCGUUCAGGCCCGAUCUGUGGUACAAGCAGGCCCACGUUUGGCUCCACCAGCAGGAGAAUAAAGUGCUGAAAGUGGCACUAAUUAUUCUCGUCGGUUUGGUCAUCGCCAUGUUCUGGUAUUUAAGGCUGCAGGCUCGUGAGUUCCAGCAACUAUCGCAAGGCGGUUCCCGAAGCUCCACCUCAUCUACGUCGUCCCAGGGCGAAGUUACCGGACAGCUCAUGGAAAUAGGAGAGGGUGAAAUGAAGAUCGGAAAGAUUACAUUCCAGACAGAUCAGGUGCUGGGAAAAGGUUGCGAAGGCACCUUCGUUUACAGAGGGACUUUCGAUAAACGCGACGUGGCCGUGAAACGAUUGCUCCCUGAGUGUUUCACGUUCGCCGACCGCGAGGUGGCGCUGCUGCGGGAGUCGGACGCGCACGCACACGUCGUGCGCUACUACUGUACUGAACGCGAUAAACAGUUCAGGUACAUUGCGCUAGAGCUAUGUUCAGCGACAUUGCAGGACUAUGUUGAGAAGAAGUUAAACUUCGAGUGCAAGAUUGAUUCGGUCGAAAUACUAAGGCAGGCCACUAUGGGCUUAUCGCACUUACACUCUAUGGAUAUAGUACAUAGGGAUGUGAAGCCGCACAACGUUUUGCUGUCGAUGCCGAGUGGGACCGGCGAGGUGCGCGCCAUGAUAUCGGACUUCGGCCUGUCCAAGAAGCUGAACAUAGGGCGGGUCAGCUUCUCGAGGCGCUCUGGGGUCACCGGCACCGACGGCUGGAUAGCGCCGGAGAUGAUCAACGGCGAACGGACUACGACAUCGAUCGAUAUAUUUUCGUUGGGCUGCGUGUUCUAUUACGUAUUGUCAAGAGGACAACAUCCAUUCGGUGAUGUUUUGCGGCGUCAAGCGAACAUACUCACCGGGGACUACAAUUUGGAUCACCUCGACAAAAUUCUGCCGGAAGAGGAAUUGGUAGUUGUUAAAAUAUUGAUCCGAGCUAUGAUCUCGGCCAAGCCCAGCGCGCGUCCUCCUUGCGAAACGAUACUGAAAUACCCGAUGUUCUGGUGCAAGCAAAGCAUUUUGAACUUCUUGCAGGACGUCAGCGAUCAAGUGGAGAGUUGCGCGUGCGGUUUCGGGGCGGAGCACACGCUGGAGCGGGGCGGCGCGCGGGUGCUGCGCGGCGACUGGCGCGUGCGCGUGUGCCGCGUGGUGGCGGGCGACCUGCGCACGCGCCGCACGUACCGCGGGGACCGCGUCGCGCACCUGCUGCGGGCCAUUCGGAACAAGAAACACCACUAUCGGGAAUUAGAGUCGGACGUGCGCGACAGUCUCGGCAAGCUGCCGGACGGCUUCGUGUCGUACUGGCUCACCAGGUUCCCGCUGCUGCUUCCGCACGUGUGGCUCCAGAUGCAACAAUACCGAGACGAAGACAUCUUACAAACGUACUACCCUCGCACGUACGUCUUCAAUCGCGAUGACGUCAUCGAACUCAACAACGACAAGGACUGCGACUAUGAGGUCCCCUCGGAAAUGUACGAUUCUGAGAGGAACCACUUAUUCCUUAAGAGUAGGGUGUAUGUCGAUAGCAGCCCGGACCGUAGGUACAAGGAGGGGUCUCCUAAAAAGCUUCAAGACUGGAGAAGCGAGGCCCAGGAAUUCAGGUUGCGACAGGACGAUAUCAGAUUACGGGACAGGCAUUAUUAUAAAAAGAAAGAGAGAAAAAAGGAGGAGGCGCCUAUAUGGAGUCUGCCGCCGCAGUGAAAAUGUUGUGCACACGUUAAAAAUGCACUUGAACUGUUGCUACCUUUUGGUAGUAGAGUAAUAUAUUGAUGAUUUUGAAAAUGGAAUAUCACAUGCAACUAUGUGUGAAAUAGAAUUUAAAAAAAUUAGAAGAAUCAAAAUAUAGAUAAUUUUUAGAUGAAUUUUAGCAAAAGUAUCGAUGGUUUAUUUAUUGAAAUUUUUAAUAUGGGAAUUAUGUCUGUGGCUAUUUACGGCUGAAUUAGCCAUAAUAUUAUGUAUGAUAAAAACGCACAAAUGUAUAUAAGAACUUUAAACUUUAUUAAUGUUUUAUUUUAUUUAUUAACAUUUAAAUCCUCUUGAUAUACGUAUUUACUGACUUACUUUAGUUUGUAAAAUGAAUUCUUAAGAAAUUUAGAUUAUGAGAUUACAGUCACAUAAUGUUGCCGAUGUUUCUUUACUACUAUUUGAUUAUAGUUGUUUGCACAAACGUAAAAAAAAAAGUGAUUUUAGUUAUAAGUUAAAUAUAAGAAAAUGAUUAAAACACGUACUUAAUGUAUUCUUUCAGUAAAAAAUAAAUGUUAUAAUUAUUUAUUAUUUUUACCAAAAUACAUUUGACAUAAAUGUUUGUGGGACCAAAAUCUAAAUUAAGAAAGCAUCGAAAUAAUGUUUAAAUUUUGCCAUGACCCCAAAAUUGACAUUAAGGUUAAGAGAUUAUAAAUACAUAAAUAUUACAAAGCUGUCAAAAAUUUUAUAACGACUGAAAAAAGGUAUAAAUUGAUAUAUUUUCAACUUAAAUUGUAUAUUAGUUCUUUGAAAUGAUUUUGUAUACAUGCUUA